AUGGAAUACGCCCAGCCUCUUGUGCAGAUGGGAAAGGAGACCAGUCGACUCACAUCAGAGGCAACAGGCCGCACCAGCGUGGAGACACAGCUCUGUCAGCUUGGAUCAGAAUGGAUUGUGCCGGUGACAGCAUUAGCCAAUUGCCAGGGGCGGCUCCAGGCACCAGCGCGCCAAGCAUGUGCCUCGGGCGGCAAGCCGCGGGGGAGCGGCCUGACGAUCACCAUGAGGGCGGCAGUCAGGCCGCCUUCGGUGGCAUGCCUGCGGGAGGUCCGCUGGUCCCGCUGUUUCAGCGCCAUCCCGGAGUCUGACAGCGAGUCCUCUGAGGAUGAAGAAGUGGCUACGCAUGAGGCCCUCCUCCAGGAGAGGGAUGAAGCUAAAGAGAAGCUGUCUGAGUUUGAGCAAGCGUCGCAGAGGCUGCUGGCGGAGCUCUCGGCGCUGGAGGGGGAGUAUGAAAUUGAAGUAUCAUGUCGCAAACAAGCCGAAGUCUACGCAGCCCAGGUGAACAGGGAGAACAAAAAGCUGAAGCGGAUCAGCGUGGCACUGCUGCCCAUGUUGAACCAGCUUCCCGAGGACGUGCUGAGUCUGGCCACUGAAGAAGACUCCCCCUCCGACCCAAGCCGAGAUCCAGCGUAUCCGUACCUGCAGCAGAUCAAAGAUUUGCAGGAAAAGGUUUCCAAGCUGCUGGGGGAGAAGAAGGAGCUCACCAUCCAAGUGCAGGAGCUGCAGAGCCAGAUCAGAGAGCUCGGGGACCAGGUGGAAGAGGAGCGAGCAGAGAGGCGGUCCCUGCAGGCCGCGAUGGACCAGAGUCACACGGCCCUGAAGAAGUACAAGAGAGUGUCCCAGAUGGUCGCUCAGGAGUACAACGAGGCCGUGCAGCAGCUGGAGCUGGAGCAGGACCUGAGGCAGCACGCGGAGACCUUUGCGCACAAGAUGCUGGUGAAGCAGAAGGAAGCCAACAGGCAGAGCAUGAUCCUGCUCCAGAACGUGGGACCCAACGCCCAGCUGCUCCAGGCCCUGGAUGAGGUGGCUAGCCUGACUGGGGUGCUGGAGGAAGCCAAGCGGGAGCACCAGGAAAAGGUGAAGGGUCUGCAAGAGCAGCUAGAGGGGAGCCAGGAGGCGCUGGGCGCAGUGCGAGCGGCCCUGGCUGCAGCCGAAGCGGAGAAGCUGCAGCUGGGGGAGCAGCUGCACCAGACGGAGGAGAGGAACGUGGAGUUGGAGGGGAAAGUGACGGUACUAGAAGAGAAAUUGGAGAGGGCUGAAGCCCCGCCUUCUGAACCUGAUUCGCCAGAAGUGGCUCCUCCCCCACCCCCACCACCCCCACCUCCUCUGCCACUGCCAGCAUCUUCCGCCCCCGUGGAUCCCCUUUUGGUGAUCAAGCAAAGGAAGGGGAUGCGGCAGCAGAAACCCAGCGAACCUGCUACCGAUGACGUCAAAGCUCGUGCGGUGGAGGAAAUGAUGGCCAGGAUCAAGAGCGGGGUUGCCCUGAGACCAGCAAAGGAGGACAGGGCUGCGUUGUCCCAGGAUCGCUCAACAGCAGUCAGCAAACGCAAGAGCACCGUGAUGGAGCUGCAAGGGAUCCUGGGCACGAUGAAAAGGCCGGUCAGAAAACAGAGCUGGCGUAAACACAGCCAAAAGAUCAACGACAACCAGCUGCAGUCCAUCCUGCAGAGACGGCGCAGGAUGGUGGACUCCUCCACUCCCGCCCAGCCCUCGCCACUGCGGGCUGAGCUCAGAAAAGAGGUGCAGAAUCAAGGUGACAGUGAAAUUUGCAAAGCUGUGUCCAGCCCAUGCGCUGAGGAGAAUGUAGCUGUCGUCCAGUUAAGAGCGAGAUCGGGGCACCUUCAGAAAAGCAGGCGACUGGCUCUCCAGAAUGAAGCAGAGGACAAGCCAGCAUAG